AUGGCCCAGCUCUGCAGCACCAAGGUCUUCACCAAAUUAGACUUACAAUGGGUUUACAACAAUGUCCAAGUUAAAGAAGGCAAUGAAUGGAAAACCAAGUUCCAAACCAAGUACGGAUUGUACAAGUCCCUAGUAAUGACCUUUGGCCUGACAAAUGCCCCCGCUGCGUUCCAACACUUUAUGAACAAGCUAUUCAAGGACCUACUGGACGUCUGUGUCAUCAUCUACUUAGAUGACAUCCUAAUUUACUCAAAGGAUGACGCCUCCCAUAAUCAACACAUCCACAAGGUCUUGAAACGGCUAAUGGAAAACCAACUGUUUUGUAAAGCAUCAAAAUGCACCUUCCAUGUAACAUCAGUGGAAUACCUGGGGAUUAUUGUAUUGGACAAAGGAUUUAGCCUGGAUAAGCUCAAAAUCCAGGCAGUCCAGGAAUGGCCAGUUCCCACAAAAGUCAAGGAAGUUCAAUCAUUUCUUGGCUUUGCUAAUUUCCUCCACCAAUUUGUUGCCAACUUCAGUCACAUGGCUAGACUGCUACACAACCUAGUCAAGAAGGAAACACCAUGGAAAUGGGAUACUAAGGAACAGGAAGCCUUCCAAGGGCUAAAAGAAGCCAUAACCAAUGCCCUGGUCCUCUGCCAUGCCAACCCAACAAAACCAUACUUCCUGGAAACAGACACAUCUGGAGCCACACUAGGAUCCAUCCUCAGCAAAUGCCAGGAAGACAGCCACCUCCACCCACUAGGGUUCCUAUCAGAAUCAUUCAAAGGUGCUGAACAAAACUACAACACCCACAAUAAGGAACUCUUGGCAAUAAUACGCUCCUUUGAGUAUUGGUGCAUCUUCCUGGAAGGGAUGGCACACCCAAUCACAGUCUUCACAGAUCACCAAAACUUAGAGUACUGGAAGGAGUCUAGAACCUUCAAUUGUCAGCAUGCACAAUGGCACCUCUUGCUAGCCAGAUACAACUUCCAAAUUGUAUACCACCCCAGUAAACAAUCCAGCAAACCAGAUGCUCUCUCCUGCCAGCCUGACCAUGCCAAUGUUCCCCCUGUCAAUCAAACUAUGUUGCCUAACCCAGUCUUUGCUAACAUUGCCCUGGUACUCCCUGAAAAAGAGCUACAACGCCAGAUUGAGUUGUCACUUGAUCAGGACAAAUCACUGGAAGAAAUCCUCCAGUUCCUCCAGAACAAGUCCAAGGCUCCCCCAUCAAUUAAGUGCACCUUCAAAGACUAUAUAAUGGAGGCAGGGCUACUAUUCUAUCAGGGGCGCAUUGUAGUUCCAGACAUGGGCACAUUGAGAACAGAGAUUCUACAGAUCUUCCAUGAUAGUCCCUUGGCAGGUCACCCAGGCAGACAGCAAACCUUGGAAUUGGUUUCUUACUCCUGUGAAACUUGUCAACAGAUCAGGAAACCUAAGUGCGCCAGCAUUCCCCCUCAACCACUCAAAAUACCUAGUAGACCCUGGCAACAUGUUUCCUAUGACAUGAUUGUGGACCUACCCAAAGACGGAAAUCACAACUCUAUCCUAGUCAUCAUGGAUAGUUUCACUAAGUAUAGUAUAUUUGUGAAAUGCUCCAAAAAGCUCAAAGCCCCAGAGCUAGCAGAGUUAUUCCUAGAAAAUGUCUGGAAACAGCACAGGAUGCCUGAAAAAACAGUCUUGGACAGAGGAGGGUGUUCAAUAACAGGUCCCUGA